GAGAAGAAAGAAAAAGUAAGUCUGCUUAACCGCCCACUGCAGGAGACUGGGGGAUGCUUCACUAUCCUGGAUUUACAGCCAUUUUGAAAGAUAUUUGAGGUCAAAGAAGUUUUUUCCCCUCCCCUCUUUGGAGCCUCUGAACGCCGCUGGAGAGGGCCAUCAUCCGGUAAUCUUGAGGGCCCGCUGACUGUUUGGCCCACAUGAAUCAGCGCCUGAAUUUCCCGAGCGGCUGAAGACUCAAGGAACAAACAAUGGAUCAAAACUUGUUUGGAGGAGCCCCCAGGUUUCUCACUCGCCCGAAAGCGUUCUCAGUGUGUGUAGGCAAGGAUGCUACACUCAGCUGCACUAUUGUGGGCAGCCCGACUCCACUGAUAACCUGGGAAAAAGACAAGCUGAAGCUGACGUCCGGGGGCCGCUUCAAGACUGUGGAAGAUGGAGAUGUUUAUCGCCUGACCAUCUAUGACUUAACUCUGGAGGACAGUGGGCAGUACAUGUGCAGAGCCAAGAACAGCGUCGGUGAAGCUUACGCCGCAGUAACCCUCAAAGUGGCGCUGCCGACAGAGAUGUCUCAGAAGGCCCCUGUUUUCAUGAUCAAGCCUAACUCUGCACGUGUCGGUUUGGGCGGUGAUGUUGUUUUCCACUGUCGGGUUGCAGCUCACCCUGAGGCCAACUUUGAAUGGGAAAAGGAUGGGCGCUACCUGGGCGAGACUAACCGCAUCAAGAUUGUUUCUGACAGCAACAGCAGCACUUUAAAGAUCCAAAGUGUACGAAACCUGGACAGCGGCGCCUACACCUGCAGGGCCCAGAACACUGUUGGCCGUGCACAAGCUGCAGCGGCACUCGUUGUAGACGCUCAGGAUUCUCAUCACCAAGUUGCAGAUAAGAGCAACUCCCUCCUCUCUCACCUACAGAAGCGCAAAGAGGAGAUGAAGAAAGACAUCUCCAUCUAUCGCACUGAAGAAAGCAGCACCUCGGUUUCUUCCUCCUCCACAGCCAAAAUCACGGAUGCUUUCAGUUCUUUGAGUCUGGAACAUGAGUUGAGGGCAUCUGCGCUGGCGAAGCUUCCCAAAGGUGUAUUCACUCGUACCUGCACAGUGACUGAGGGGAAACAUGCCAAACUCAGCUGCUUUGUGACCGGUCACCCCAAACCCCACAUUAUCUGGAGGAAGGAUGGGACAAACAUCAGUGAGGGCCGCAGACAUGUCAUUUAUGAGGACCAAGCUGAGAACUUCAUCCUCAAAAUCCUGUACUGCAAGCAGAACGAUAAUGGCCUCUACACCUGCAAUGCAACCAACAUGGCUGGGCAAACCUACAGUGCUGUGUUGGUAACAGUCAAAGAACCCAAGGUGCCAUUCAGGAGAAAGCUGCAGGAUGUGGAGGUACAGGAGAAAACCUCAGCCACACUCAUGUGUGAGGUUCCUCUUAUUUCCACUCAUACCAACUGGUUCAUGGAGGAAACGCGGCUGCAGCACAAUACAAAAUAUCGCAUGGAGGAGGAAGGCACCCUCCGUCGUCUCACCAUACACAACGUAACCACCAACGAUGAUGGAGUUUAUAUCUGCGAGAUGAAAGAGGGCAGUCGCACUGUAGCUGAGCUCACUGUCCUGGGCAACAUCACUAAGAAGCUUCCUCGGAGGACAGUGGUUCCCGUCAGUGACACUGUCAUCUUCUGCGUGGAGCUGGAGCAUCCCUGUCCAGAUGCCUACUGGACUCGGAAUGGCGAGAAGUUAAAAGAGGAUUCGCGUAUUUCCAUUGCCUGCAUGCUUAGACAGUACACACUCACAAUUAGAGAUUGCCAGGCAGAGGACUCUGGAGAAGUGGCCUUUGUGGCUGGAGACUGCAAAACAUCCACACGAUUCUCUGUUACUGCUGCACGGAAGCAUCCUCCCGAUCCCCCAGUCGAUGCUGUGGUGCAGAACAAAACGGAGUCAUCCAUCACCAUUCAGUGGUCUCCUCCUGACAGUGACCGUCCUGUUCCCAUCAAAGGCUACAUUGUGGAGCGAAGGAAGGUUGGUGCCCAAAUGUGGCAGAGGUGCAAUGCUGAAGAAACCAUUGUUUCAACAGAGAUUACAAUCUGCAGCUUCACUGAGGAAGCUAGCUACCAGUUCCGUAUCUCGGCCAUUAACGACUUUGGACAGAGUGCUUACCUGGAGGUGCCUGGAAACUUCUACCUUGAACCCACUGCAGAAAUCAGAAAAGGUCUGAUUAACAGCACUGCAGUCUCUGGUGAGGAAUUCGCUAUCUCUGUUGAGGUGUCUGCCGUUUGCUCAGGCUUCUGGUCCCUAAAUGGGCGUCUUCUGCGCAGUGGAGCUGACUACCUCAUCACCAGGUCAAAAAACAUACACACAUUGCUCAUCCGAGUUGUGACCAUGGAAAUGAAUGGAGCCGAAGUCAAGUUUGUGGGUGGAGGCUCACAAAGCAGUUGCAUCCUCUCCGUGAAGGCCCCUUCUGUUAGGUUCACCAACAAAUCAGAUCAUCUGGAGGUGGUGACCUGCAGUGCCCAAGCCACUGCUCAGCUGACUGCUGAGGUGUCAGAUUAUGAGACGCAGGUGGUUUGGAUGAACAAUGGUCGGGAGCUAAAAAUGGGCAAAAAGUACGAAUAUGUGAUUAAUGACCGCAAGAGGAUCCUGAUGGUACACAAUGUCACUGAGGAAGAUGUGGGCAUUUAUGAGUGUGUGUUACCUGAUGACAAGAUGUCCAUGCAACUGACUCUUAGAGAUGAACCUGCCAAAUUUCUAAACAAAGCCAGAGGUACCAUGGGAUUGUCAUCGACCCUCAAAGGAGAUCUUGAGCUGACCUGUGAGGUUUCAUCUGCCAGUGCUGCUGUUGUGUGGAGAAAAGAUCAAGUGGAGAUCACCGAGGACCAAAGAACUACCAUCAUCUCCAAAGGGACUCAAAGGAAACUCAUUAUCAAGAAUGCCAAAAAGAGUGAUGAAGGACAUUACUCCUGUGCGACAGCAGCUGACAAAGUCACAUUCCAGGUUAAGAUAAAAGAAACUCCAGCUGUAGCUGCCUUUUCCAACAAGGAGUCAGUCCAGAAGGAAGUGAGGGCCACUCUCUCCCAAAAAGCAACUCUUAGUUGUAAUGUGUCAGAUAGCAAAACAGAGGUGAAAUGGUACAAAGAUGGCAAGCUGCUGAUAUCCAGUAGGACGAUAUACUCAGAAGCAAAAGGCAACAGUCGUCAGCUGGUUUUUGAAAAAGUGGAGAAGAGUGAUGCUGGAGAGUAUACCUGUGAAGCUGGAUUGGAUAAACUAGUCUUCAAGAUAAUUGUGUCAGAAUCCCAGUCAGCUUUCAUCAACACAGAGUCUGUCCAAAAGGAAGUGAAAGCCACUCUCUCACAGAAAGCCACCCUGAGCUGUGACGUGGCCGACACCAAGACAGAGGUGAAAUGGUACAAGGAUGGCAAGUUGCUGACUUCCAGCAAGACAAUCCAUACUGAAACAAAGGGCAAGAAUCGCCAGCUGGUGAUUGACUGUGUGGAGAAGAAGGAUGCGGGAGAGUUCAUCUGUGAGGCUGGGACUGAAAAGCUUGCCUUCAAGCUGCAGGUGGCAGGUAAGGAGGCCCAGUCAGCUUUCUCUAACAAAGGCUCCAUUCAAAAGGAGGUGAAAGUCACUUUGUCCCAGAAGGCCAUUUUGAGCUGUGAGGUGUCUGAUUCCAAGACAGAGGUGAAAUGGUACAAAGAUGGGAAGCUCCUGUCUUCCAGCAAGACAAUACACACAGAGUCUAAGGGCAGAAGUCGUCAGCUCUUGAUAGACAGUGUGGAGAAAAAGGAUGCUGGAGAGUACAGCUGUGUGGCUGGGAAUGAAAAGCUUUCCUUCAAACUGCAGGUGGCAGACACACAGGUCCAGUCAGCUUUCUUUAACAAGGAGUCAGUUCAGAAGGAAGUGAAAGCCACCCUCUCCCAGAAGGCUGUCCUGAGCUGUGAAGUAGCUGACACCAAGACAGAAGUGAAAUGGUACAAGGAUGGCAAGCUUCUAACUUCCAGCAAGAUAAUCCAUACUGAAUCAAAGGGCAAGACUCGCCAGCUGGUGAUUGACAGUGUGGGGAAGAAUGAUGCUGGAGAGUACAGCUGUGAGGCUGGGAAUGAAAAGCUUACCUUCAAGCUGCAGGUGGCAGACACACAGGUCCAGUCAGCUUUCUCUAAUGAGGAGUCAAUCCAAAAGCAGGUAAAAGCCACCCUGUCACAGAAAGCUAUUCUGAGCUGUGAGGUAUCUGAUAGCAAGACAGAGGUGAAAUGGUACAAGGAUGGCAAGCUGCUAACUUCCAGCAAGACAAUCCAUACUGAAUCAAAGGGCAAGAAUCGCCAGCUAGUGAUUGACAGUGUGGAUAGGAAGGAUGCGGGAGAGUACAUCUGUGAGGCUGGGACUGAAAAGCUGUCCUUUAAGAUACAGGUGGAAGGUAAGGAGUUGCAGUUUCUUUUAAUGAAUAAGUAAAGCCAGAAGGAAGUUAAAGCUGCUCUUUCUCAGAAAGCAACCCUGAGCUGUGAAGUAGCUGAUAACAAGACAGAGGUGAAAUGGUACAUGGAUGACAAGCUGCUACGUCCCAGCAGAGCAGAUCACAUGGUCUCAAAGGGCAGAAUUUAUCAACUGGUGAUUGACAAUGUGGAAAAGAAAGAAGCUGGGGGGUAUAUCUGUGACGCUAGAAGUGAACAAUUGCCAUGUCAUGCGUGCUUGUGUGACAGGCAGGAGAUCCAAGCCAAAUCUGUCUUUUCCAACAAAGAGUCUAUCCAAAAGGAAGUGAAAGCCAAUCUCUCCCAGAAAGCCACCCUGAGCUGUGAGGUAUGUGAUACCAAGACAGAGGUAAAAUGGUACAAAGAUGGCAAACUGCUGACCACCAGCAAGGCAGUUAAUGUAGAAUCGAAAGGCAGGAGUCGGCAGCUGGUGAUCAACAGUGUUGAGAAGAAGGAUGCUGGGGAGUACAUCUGUGAGGCUGGGACUGAGAAGCUGGCCUUUAAGAUACAGGUGGCAGAAGCUGCUGUUGGCUUCUCUAACAAGGAGUCGGUCCAGAAGGAAGUGAAAGCUAAUCUCUCCCAGAGAGCCACGCUAAGUUGUGAGGUGUCAGAUUCCAAGACAGAGGUAAAAUGGUACAAGGAUGGCAAGUUGCUGACUUCCAGCAAAGGAGUCCACAUGGAUUCUAAGGGGAAAACUCGUGAGCUGGUGAUAGAAAAAGUGGAGAAAAAGGAUGCUGGAGAAUACACUUGUGAGGCUGGAACAGAGAAGCUGGUAUUUAAGUUGCAACUGACAGAUGUAGCCGUCAAGUUCCAGAAGAAAGCAGUCAAGGAUGCAUAUGUUAUUCAAGCAAGUGAAAGCAUUGUUUUAUCCACUGAGCUGACCGCAGAGAGUGGCAGUGUGAAAUGGUUUAGAGAUGGUGUGGAGCUCAAGGAGAGCAGCAAGUAUGAAAUGAAAAAAGAAGGCCUUUCUCGUACUCUGACUGUGAAAUCUGCAGAAAUGAAAGACAGUGGAAUGUACUCCUGUCAAACUGCUGAUGAUAAGCUGGAGUUCAAAGUUCAAGUUAAAGAUUCAGCUUUGAAGUUUGUUGUCCCUUUAAAACCUGCAACAGUGGAAUUGGGAGGUACGCUUAGCCUGAUUUGCGAACUAAAUCAAGCUUCAGGGGAUGCUGUAUGGCACCAUAAUGGCCGUGAGAUUAAACCUGGAGGCAGGUACUGUGUCAGAACAGAUGGUACCAAGCGAAUUCUCACUGUGACUGUCAUGACUAAGGAAGAUGAAGGAGAAUACAGCUGUGAGUGUAGAAAUGACAAGACAUCUGCUAAAGUCUCGUCUAAAGCACCGAGAUUAGUGAGGCUGAUCACUAAACUGAACAACGUGGCUGCAAUGGAGGGGAAAGAUGCCAUUUUCAAGUGUGCCGUCAGCCCUGCAGACGUCAGUGUUAGAUGGUUCCACAACAGUAUACCCAUCACUGCUGGGCAGAAGUACAAGCUUGAGAAAGGUGGUGGCAGCCAUUCACUUACCAUCACCUCAGUCACUCAAAAAGAUGCAGGAGAGAUUAGUGUUGAUGCAGAAGGCAAAAGCUGCAAAGCUACCCUACAAGUGCAACAUGAACCUGUGACUUUUAAGAAAAAGCUAGAAAACCUGACAGUGGAGGAGCAAAGUGAAGUGAAAAUGGAAGUGGAGCUCAGUAAGGCAUCAGAUGAAGUCAGGUGGAUGAAGAACAGCGUAGUGCUGCAACCUGUGGGAAACAUGGAGAUUCGGGUAGAGGGCGCUAAGCAGGCUCUGGUCUUCAAGAGUGUGACUUAUGCUGACCGUGGCUUCUACUCCUGUGAAACUCUGGAUGACAAGACCCAGGCCAAGCUUAGUGUGGAGAUGAAGAAGAUUCAGGUAAUAAAGGGUCUAACUGAAACCACAGCCCAUGAAACAGAGACAGUAACACUUGAGGUAGAACUCAGUCAGGCCAAUGUUGAAGGCUCCUGGAACAGAGACAGGGUCAAGUUAAAGUCAGGGCUAAACUGCCACAUCACAGCUCUGGGAACUAAGCACACCCUGACACUGUCCAAUCUAAAGAGGGAGGAUGCAGGACGUAUUUCCUUCCAAGCAGAGGAAGUCCAUACUUCAGCUAAACUGAUUGUCACAGAACCUCCUGCUAUGAUCUCCAAACCCAUUAUGGAUAUCAGUGUUCCUGAGAAGGAGAAGGUUACUUUUGAAUGUGAAGUGUCCAGAGCGAAUGCAGAUGUCAGAUGGUUCAAGGAUGAUAUGGAACUAAAACCGGGAAGGAACUUUGGUAUUCAUUCAUUGGGCCGAAAGCGCACUUUGGUCAUCAACAAAUGCACCCCUGAAGAUGGAGGCACUUAUGUCUGUCGCACUACUGAUGAUAACACCUCUGCCAAGCUCACUGUUCAUGCCAGAGAUAUCAAGAUUGUUAGGAAGCUGGAAGACGUAGAGGUAAUGGAGAAGGAGAGUGCUACAUUUGUUUGUGAAAUCUCACACGAUGAAGUGGACUGCCAGUGGUACAAAGGAAAUACAAAACUCAAAGCCACUGACAACAUCAAGAUGAGACAAGAGGGCAGAACCCAUGUUCUGCUUUUUAAGUCUGUUACCCGAGAAGAUAUAGGUGAAAUAAAAUUUACAGCGGAGAAAGCGUCUUCAGCUGCAAAACUUAAAGUGAAAGAGCUGCCUGUCAAGUUUGUGAAGAAACUCAGGGAUAAGAUAGCGAUGUAUAAGCACCGUGGCCAUCUUGAAUGUCAAGUGUCACGUGCCAGUGCAAAUGUGAAGUGGUACAAAAACAAGAAGGAGAUCAAACCCGGCAAGAAGUACGAGAUCAAAAGCGAAGACGUGUACCGGAAGCUCACCAUUAAUGAUGUGGACUCUGGGGAUGAAGACACGUAUACCUGUGAUGCCACUGAUGACAAGACAUCCUGUAAACUGCUUGUGGAAGAGCAGUCCAUCAGCAUAGUGCGGGAACUUAGUUCAGUAGAAGUCACAGAACCCUUUGCAGCUCUUUUUGAAGUGGAAAUCAGUAUGGAACUAGUGAAACCUCCCAUAUGGACUUUGAAUGGAGUUGCUCUGCAAGAGGGGCCUGAUGUUGAGAUGGAGAAAGAAGGCACGAUGCACCGUCUCACUUUCAAAAAGACCAAAGCAUCAAUGACAGGACCUGUGCAGUUUACAGCUGGGAAGAGCAAAUCUUUAGCCCAGCUCACAGUUAAAGAGCGCCCACUUGAGAUUGCAGAAGCCAUUAAAGAUGUUAAAGCAAAGGAGAAAAGCUCAGCCAUACUCAGCUGCAAGUUCUCUGUUCCACCCAAAGAGGUUAAUUGGUUCAAAGGUCAGGUACCUCUGGCAGCAUCAGACAAGUACAACAUGAAGCAAGAUGGUACACGAGCACAAAUUACCAUCCACAGGUUGGCUGAGGAUGACAGCGGAGAGUACCGCUGUCAGUCUGGACCUGCUGAGACCAAAGGCACACUUACUGUUGAAGUACGUGAAAUUAAAAUCACCAAGCACUUGGCCAACACAGAAGUUGAUGAAGACAGCGAUGCAGUAUUCACCUGUGAGAUUAACUAUGCUGAUGAAGAGGCCCAGUGGCUUCUGAAUGACAAGGUGCUCUUCACAAAUGAGGUAAACACCAUCACUCACGAGGGAAAGGUUCACAAACUCAGACUGAAGAACCUGGCACCUCAAGAUGGAGGAACGAUCACCUUUCGAGUCCGCAAGGUCAAAGAGUCUGUCACACUCAAGGUUAAAGAGAAGCGCGCUGUGUUCCUUAAGUCACUGGAUGAUGUUAUUGGAGAAGAGAAAGGCAUGAUCACUCUGGCAUGUGAGGCAUCCAAGCCAAGAGUUUCCCCCAUAUGGAAAAAAGAGGGAAAAGUCUUAAAAGCUGGGCCAAAAUAUGAGUUCCUUCACACAGGCAAGUCUUUGGGACUGAUCAUCAAGGAUGUCACCAGAGAAGAUGCUGGAGAGUACAGUUGUGACCUUGGCACUGAGGUAUCUAAGGCAAAGGUUACUGUCAGAGAAAUUGGUAUUGGAAUUACUAAAUACCUGAAAUCAGUUGAAGUGAAUGAGGGAGAGGCAUGCAGCUUUGAGUGCAUCCUGUCUCGUGAGAGCACAGAUGAGUCCUCCUGGACUGUUAAUGGCCAAGCUGUUACAAACAGAGGCCGUUUCAGCAUUUCCGCUAAAGGACGCAAAUACAUACUCACUAUUAAAGACGUUACCCCUGCUGAUGCUGGUGAGGUAGUCUUCAAUAUCAAAGACUUGAGCUCCAAAGCAACAUUAACAGUUGAAGGAAAAGCUUCAUCUGUAUCAAAAGGACUGCAGAAUAUUUGUGCUGUUCAAGGGGAAGAUGCCGUAUUUACUUGUGAGGUGAUACAGGCUAGUUCCACUGUAAAGUGGGCCAAGGAUGGCAAAGUAAUCAAAAAGAGCCAGAAAUUUGAGAUCAGCCAGCAGGAUAAAGUCAUGAAACUGACCAUCCAUAAUGUGUCUGCUCAAGACUCUGGAGAGUACAGUUGUGAAGUUAUUGGAGGUGCAACCACCAGAGCCAAGCUAGAAAUCAAGGAACCAAUCCAUAAAUUCACUAAAGCGCUAAAGGACAGUGAAGCAGAUGAGAAGAGCUCUGUAACGCUGCAGUGUGAGACGGCACAAAUCCCAUCCACGGUAGUAUGGCUUAAAGGCCACGCAGAGCUCAAACCUGGAGGUCGAUAUGCGAUGUCUCAGAAAGAUGGUGUCUUAACUCUCACCAUCAAACAGCUGGAGGAGAAAGAUACUGAUAUCUACACUUGUGACGUGGGCACUGCCAAGAGCAUGGCCAAGGUGACCGUUAAAGCCCUGCCCACCAGUUUUAUUGAGAAGCUCAAAAACCAGGAGAAAAAAGAAGGGGAGAGUGUGACACUUCGAUGUGAGUUAUCAAAACCUGCAGCCAUUAUUCAGUGGAAAAAAGACUCUGAAAUUCUCAAACCUGGAGAGAAGUACAACAUGGAGCAGGAAGAGGGCUCUUGUAUACUUCAGAUUAUGAAUUUGAAGCUAGAAGAUAGCGGAGAGUAUACUUGCAUUUGUGGGAACCAGAAGACAUCUGCUACCUUGAAAGUCAAUGCAUUGCCACCAACCUUUAAACAGAAGUUGGAGAGCCAGCAGGCUGAGGAGGGAGCUGACAUUAUUCUGCGCUGUGAGCUCUCUAAAGCUGGAGUCCCAGUAGAGUGGAAGAAGGGAACACAGGUCCUGAAGUCUGGAGAAAAGUAUCAGAUGAAGCAGAAGGCCUCUGUGAAUGAACUUGUGAUCAACAAGGUGGUGCCUGAAGACAGUGGAGACUACAGCUGUGUGUGUGGAGACCAGAAGACCACAGCCAGCCUCAAGAUCAAGGCCCAACCAGUGACCUUCAAACUGAAGUUGGAGAGCCUGGAGGCUGAGGAGGGAGGGAGUGUUACUUUGCACUGUGAGCUCUCUAAAGCUGAAGUCCUAGUAGAGUGGAAGAAGGGAACACAGGUCCUGAAGUCUGGAGAAAAGUAUCAGAUGAAGCAGAAGGCCUCUGUGAAUGAACUUGUGAUCAACAAGGUGGUGCCUGAAGACAGUGGAGACUACAGCUGUUUAUGUGGAGACCAGAAGACCACAGCUAGUCUAAAUAUAAAGGCCCAACCAGUGACCUUCAUACAGAAGUUGGAGCGCCAGCAGGCUGAGGAGGGAGCUGACAUUAUUCUGCGCUGUGAGCUCUCUAAAGCUGAAGUCCCAGUAGAGUGGAAGAAGGGAACACAGGUCCUGAAGUCUGGAGAAAAAUAUCAGAUGAAGCAGAAGACCUCUGUGAAUGAACUUGUGAUCAACAAGGUGGUGCCUGAAGACAGUGGAGACUACAGCUGUGUGUGUGGAGACCAGAAGACCACAACUAGUCUAAAUAUAAAGGCCCAACCAGUGACCUUCAAACAGAAGUUGGAGAGCCAGCAGGCUGAGGAGGGAGCUGACAUUAUUCUGCGCUGUGAGCUCUCUAAAGCUGAAGUCCCAGUAGAGUGGAAGAAGGGAACACAGGUCCUGAAGUCUGGAGAAAAAUAUCAGAUGAAGCAGAAGACCUCUGUGAAUGAACUUGUGAUCAACAAGGUGGUGCCUGAAGACAGUGGAGACUACAGCUGUGUGUGUGGAGACCAGAAGACCACAACUAGUCUAAAUAUAAAGGCCCAACCAGUGACCUUCAAACAGAAGUUGGAGAGCCAGCAGGCUGAGGAGGGAGCUGACAUUAUUCUACGCUGUGAGCUCUCUAAAGCUGGAGUCCCAGUAGAGUGGAAGAAGGGAACACAGGUCCUGAAGUCUGGAGAAAAGUAUCAGAUAAAGCAGAAGACCUCUGUGAAUGAACUUGUAAUCAACAAAGUGGUGCCGGAGGACAGUGGAGACUACAGCUGCGUGUGUGGAGACCAGAAGACCACAGCCAGCCUUAGUGUAAAGGCUCAACCAGUGACCUUCAAAAAGAAGUUGGAGAGCCUGGAGGCUGAGGAGGGAGGGAGUGUUACUUUGCACUGUGAGCUCUCUAAAGCUGGAGUCCCAGUAGAGUGGAAGAAGGGAACACAGGUCCUGAAGUCUGGAGAAAAGUACCAAAUGAAGCAGAAGGUCGCUGUGAAUGAACUUGUGAUCAACAAGGUGGUGCCUGAAGACAGUGGAGACUACAGCUGUGUGUGUGGAGACCAGAAGACCUCAGCUACUCUUAACAUUAAGGCUGUGAAGCUGACAGCUCCUCCUUCAGCUGCUACAGAAUCUAAGAGGCAGGAGGCCAAAGGAAAAGCUGUGCCACUGCCAAAUUCUGAGCAAACUCCUAAACAGCAGAUUCUCAAACAGGAGAUUCAGGGAGGUCCAAGAGAGCUUAAAGUGGGAAUUGAAGUUCUUCCAGUCAUAUUCAAUCAAGACCUGGAGAGCCAAGUAGCUGAAGAGGGGGGUAGUGUCACUCUGCACUGUGAGCUCUCGAAACCUGGAGUCCAUGUAGAGUGGAAGAAAGGCUCAGAAAUCCUGAACUCUGGAGAAAAAUACCUGAUAAAACAAACAGGAUUCUGCCAUGAGAUUCAUAUUCUUGAUUUGAGACCUGGAGACACUGGAAGCUAUUCGUGCUGUUUAGAGGAUGCAAUAAGCUCAGCAUCUCUGGUUGUAAAUGCUCUCCCAGUUAUUUUCAUAAGAGAGCUGGAAAACCAAACGGCUGAUGAGGGGGACAGUGUCACCCUGAACUGUGAACUUUCUAAACCUGGUGUUCCUUUGGAGUGGAGGAAGGGAGAACUUGGUCUUUGUCCUUGUGCCAAGUAUGAAAUUAGACAAAAAGGACUCCUGGCCACACUAGUAAUCCAUGAUGUUGACCCAGAGGAUUCUGGGAGUUAUACAUGUGAUGCUGGUGACCAACAUAGCACCGCACAAUUAGCUGUGAAGGCCAAACCUGUCCUUUUCAAAGCCCAGCUGCAGAACCUUGAAGGACAGGCAGGAGAGAGCACUUGUCUUCGUUGUGAGAUCACAAAGCCGGGAGUCAGUGUGGUCUGGAGGCGUGGUGAUCAGGUGCUGACAUCCAGCAGCAAGUAUCACCUGAAACAGGAAGGAACUGUAGUUGAACUUGUCAUCUACAAACUGCAAGGGACUGACUCAGGAGAGUACUCCUGUGAUACAGGCAGCCAGAAGACUACAGCUGUCCUCGCUGUGAAGGAGGUCGAGGUUAAAAUACUGAAAUUCUUGGAGAGCUGCGUUGUAUAUGAGGGUGAAGAUGUCCGCUUUGAGUGUCUGGUUUCUCAUGACGAGGCACCCCUGGCCCUGUGGAAACUCCAGGAUGUCCCUCUGCAGAAUAAUGAAAUGAACCUGAUCAAGGCUGAGGGUCGGCUGCACAGCCUCACACUCAGAGGUGCCACUACAGCUGAUUCAGGGACAGUAACUUUCACUGUGGGAAACCACACUUCCACAGCUUCUCUGACAGUCAGAGCUGCACCUGUAGUAUUCAAGAAGGAGCUGAAAAGUCAGGAAGCCAAAGAAGGAGGUGAAGCCUCUCUGUCCUGUGAGACAUCCAGUCCUGAUUGCAAGGUGACCUGGUGGAAGGGCUCAACUGCUCUCACACAGGGAGAGAAAUACACCAUGGAGCAAAGAGCAACCACUCACAUCCUGAUCAUACACAAGCUGAUCAUGGAGGAUAGUGGAGAAUAUACCUGUGAUACAGGAGACCAGAAAAGCACUGCUGCCCUGACUCUGAAAGAGCAUGUGCGAAUCAUUCGAGAACUCUGCGACAUUACUGUGGCCACUGGGCAAGAUGCCGUCUUUGAGGUUGAGCUAUCACACUCUGGUGUCACUAAUGGGGAAUGGUGGCUUUCAGACAACCUGCUUCAAAAUAAUGAUCUGAAUCAAAUGAGCGUUAAAGGCAGAGUGCACCGUUUGGUCCUCAAGAUGGUAACCACGGAUGAAUCAGGAGAUGUUGCCUUCGUAGUGGGAGAAGAGAAGAGUGUGGCCUGUCUUCUGGUGGAGGAGAAACCCAAAGUGCUAAUAUUAGAGAAGCCACACAACACUGUUGCAUUAGAAGGUGAAACUGUCACUCUGGCCUGCACCAUCUCUGAUCCCAAUGGCACGGUUACCUGGAUCAAAAACAAUGUGGCCCUCCAACCAGGUCUCAAGUAUGACCUGAGGAAGAAUGCAGCAUUUUAUCAGCUUUAUAUCCACAACUUGGUGCCUGAGGACUCAGGAACGUACACCUGUGACACUGGGGAUGCACAGUGUGAUGUCACGCUGACCGUGGAAGGUGCCCCAGUGUUCUUCCAGGAAGAGCUCAAGAACCAGGAUGCCAUAGAGGGUGAUGAUAUUACUCUGCACUGUGAGCUUUCUAAGCCAGGUGUUCGUGUUGAGUGGAGGAAAGGAGGAAUAGUCCUCCAGCAUGGCACAAAGUAUAAGAUGAGGCAGUCAGGGUGUAUCCAAGAACUCUGUAUAUGGAAUCUGGAGCCUGAAGACAGUGGGUACUACACCUGCGAUACAGGAGACCAGCUCACAACAGGUUCUUUGGUAGUGCAAGCAAAAGAAGUCUUCUUUGUUUCUGGUCUUAAGUCCACUGAUGUUUUUGUUGGUGAAUGGGCAACUUUCUCCUGCCAGCUGUCUGGUAGGGCCCAUGGCAAGGUGCAGUGGUGGCUGGAUGGCACCUUGCUAGAGAACAGCCCCUUUAGCGAGAUAGGGCUGGCCCAGAGCCACAUCCACACACUCACCUUAAAGAACCUGGCCACAGAUGACUCUGGCACUGUCACCUUCAAAGCUGGCAGUUUAACAUCAACAGCCAAGCUCUUGGUCAAAGAUCCCACAGUUGAAGUGGUGAGCGAGAUGGAGGACCUUUGGGUGGUUGAAAACCAACCGGCCGAGUUCAUCUGCCAAUACUCAAGGCCGGUGAAAGCUCGUUGGAAGAAAGAUGGGCAACCUUUGCAGUCUGAUGGCCUAAGGGUGGUAGUGGAGCAGGACUGGAAUGUUGCUCGCUUGUACAUUAGCCGUGUGUCCGCUGAGGACAGGGGCGCGUACUCCUGUGAGGCAGAGGGGACCUGCGUGGUCGCUUCACUUCAUGUGGAAGCCAAGCCUAUUAACAUUGUUCAGGGUCUGGAGAAUAUGGAAACCUUUGAUGGCGGCGAAGCGCUGUUUGAGUGUGCCCUGUCUCGCCCUGAGAACAAAGACUGUCAGUGGCUCCUGGAUGGGAAACCACUGAAAGAAUCCCCUAAUGCUGAGGUUGUAUCAUUCGAGAGUGGCCGUCGCCAUCUGCUCCUGCUGAAAGAGCUGCGUGUUAAAGACAGCUGCACGGUGACUUUCAGAGCUGGAACAGCUUCCACAUCUGCCCAGCUCACUGUUAAAGGUUGGCAGCUGGACAUUGUGAAGGGUUUGGAGGACAGAGUGGCUGCAGUGGGAGAGAAAGUUGAGUUUUGCGUUGAGCUCACUGAGCCUGUCCCUGUGGCAGAAGUGGCCUGGUAUGCUAAUGGAGUUGAGCUUAAACCCAGUGAUCUCUGGGCUAUGAGGGCUGAUGGUCGUUCUUACCGCCUUGUCCUGAGACAGGCGCCUCUUUUGCCCCAGCAGGAAAUUACAUUUGCUGCUAGAGAUGCUAUCUCUCUGGCCAAGCUCACCAUCAUCACUGUACCUGAUCCUCCAGAGGACCCAGAGGUCCUCAGUAAGACUAAAAAAUCUGUCACCCUCUCUUGGUUCACACCUUUACAUGAUGGAGGAAGUCCCAUUCUGGGCUACAGAGUGGAGAUGCGACUGGUAGACAGUGCCCUCUGGCUUCCAUGUCACUCUGAGCCUGUGCGUAACACAGAAUUUGUGGUUGAAAAUCUCAUGACAGGGAGUGGCUACAGGUUUAGAGUGGCGGCCAUCAACAGAGCAGGGAUAGGGGAGCCUGUCGAGCUGCCUCAGACUGUUCAGCUUGAAGCACCUACUCAGCCACUGAUUAGCCCAGAUGCAAAACAGGAAGAGACUGAGGUACUGGGACAGCCCAGUCUUCCUCCUGAAGCUGCUGAAGAAGGUGAUCUCCAUGAGCUGUGGGAAGCAUCGGCCAAGAAACGACGUAUGAGUCGGGAGCCCACUCUGGACUCCAUCUCUGAACAACCCGAGGAGGAUGGCAAAAGUGCGCAAAGCAAAUUAGGGCAGAAUCAGCUUCAACCAUCUGAGAAAGUGGAAGUCAAAUCAGCAGAGAAGGAGCAGGUCAUUGUAUCUAAGAAGCAGAUAGAAACCAGCCUGUGCACCAGCUCUGAGGAUGAGUCUGUUUCUGGGGGUUCAACACUUGUGUCCUACCUCAAAAAGAGCAGCAAGACUGCUGAGACAGCAACAAAUGAAGCAGAGACUCUGGCUGCUGAGAGGUUCUUUGCACAUUUCCAGAUGUCAGAACAGACGACAGUGCAGCAGACAGAAGUGAAAGCAACUGUAGUUCAGCAAACGCAUGAAAAGCAUGUGUCUACGGAGGAGACUAGCAUCAUGGAGAUCAGUAAAGAGGAUGACCCUGAGCUCAGAGAGGCUGCUGUUAAGAUUCAAGCUGCCUUCAAGGGCUACAAAGCCCGCAAGGACAUGCGUCCUGUUUUUAAAGAAACCUUCAAAGACCAGACCAAAGAACCUAAUGGCACCAUACAUCUGGAAUGUGUGACAGAGGGUAAACCCGAUAAGGUCCGCUGGUUGAAAGAUGGAGAACCACUGACAGAUGGCAAGCAUCAUCAUAUUGAUAUCUACAAUGAUGGCACAUGCUCACUGGUCAUUACUGCAAUCACCACCAAGGACACUGGGGUUUACACAUGUGAAGCCACCAACAAAUUUGGAGUAGCUUCUCACAGCGGUAAGGUGACUGUAGGUAUGGUGAGAGAGUCAUCGGGCCGACGGCCACUUACAGUAGGUUACAGUGCUGACAGUGAGCCCGAGAGCUCCUCAGGCAGUGAGAUGGAUGAGUCACUGAGACAGGCGAGCAGACGCCUCCGGCGCCUGUUGCGCACACGUCUCCCACCAGAUGUUGAGGAAGAACCAUUUGUCAGUGCAGAUGAGGGAGACUUGCGUCCCCCUGAUCCACACUCUUACCGUGAAGAUGACAAUUAUAUCUACAUUCGUUUUGAUUCACAGACAGAGGCUGAAGUUGCCUCUAAGAGGUUUCAGGAAAUGUUUACAGUCCAUGGUGUUCCUGUGGAGACUACCAUCUUACCUGCAGGGCCUCCAAAAGUGGAGCUGCGAAUUAAAAAGAUAGGCUACAUACAAGAUGGUACACAGACCCCCACUCAAGAUAGACAGCCUCCUGCUUUAUUGACUGGAGCUCCAGCUGCUCCGGUCUUCUUAACCGAGUUACAAAGUCAGGAUGUUCCAGAUGGUUAUCCAGUCAGCUUUGACUGUGUUGUGAUCGGCAAGCCACCUCCAACUGUUCGCUGGUAUAAGGAUGGCAAGCUGCUGGAGGAGAAUGACCAUUACAUGAUCAAUGAAGAUCAGGAGGGCUGCCACCAACUUAUCAUCACCACUGUGUUGCCCACUGAUAUGGGGGUGUAUCGCUGCACAGCUGAAAACAGCAGUGGCAUUGCAUCCACUAAAGCUGAGCUCAGGGUUGACAUGUCUUGCAGCUCAGAUUAUGACACUGCUGCUGAUGCCACUGAGACAUCUUCCUACGUCAGUGCCAAAGGAUAUGUGUCCAGGGAAACUGAGACCUUUGAGUCUGUAGCUGAAGAUGAUCAGCUACCACAGGUUGUGGAGGAGCUUCAUGAUGUUCAUGUCUGUCCAGGUUCACCUAUUGCAAAGAUGCAGCUUAAAGUAAAGGGUUUCCCCAAACCCAGAAUAUACUGGUUCAAAGAUGGCCAGCCUCUACGACCUUCGGAAAGAAUUCGCUUGUUAGCGGAGAGAGAUGUUCAUGGCGUGGAGAUCAUGGAGGUUAAAAAAGAGGAUAUGGGGGAGUAUUCUGCCUAUAUCAGCAAUGCAGCUGGAUCUGCUUACUCCUCUGCUAGAAUGAUAGUAUUGAGACCAGGGGAGAUUAUGCCACAAGAGAAAAAAGAUCCUAAGGAGCCCCUGGUGCCACCUCGCUUUAUCGAGAGGUUCAGCAAUAGGAAGGUGAAACAAGGAACAAGUAUCACUCUGUCUGUGAAAGUAGAAGGAUCUCCUACUCCCACGGUCUCCUGGUUAAAGGAGGAAUCUUUGGAGGAUGUUCUGUGGAUCAAGCCUGACACCAAGGGAUACAAAAUAGCAAGCUCUGGGCGCCAGCACAGUCUCAUCUUGAUGGACGUGGGCACAGAGUACACUGGUGCCUACACAUGCAUUGCAACAAAUAAAGCAGGACAGUCCAUCUUCACUGCUCACCUGGAAGUGGAUGAGACUCCUCAACCCAAGAAAGAGACAGCAGUCUCAGAGGUUCUUGGGAUUACAGUUAGUCCUCCAGAGGAAGAUGCUAGCAGAGGGAAAGAGGGGAAAAUACCCUUCCUAGGUGAAGUAGGUUCAGAGGAAUUCCUCAUGAAACUCACCUCUCAGAUCACUGAAAUGGUAUCAGCCAAGAUCACACAAGACAGUUUACAGAAUCAUGAAGUGCUCCAGUGGAUGAAAUCUUGGCCCAAAUCUACCACUUCAUUACGUGUACCAGGUGGCGACAGUGACGAUGAGACCAAGACACCUUCUCCAUCACCUCAUCACGGGCGCUCCCGUCCUCCCUCCCUUAUUGCUGACUCCUCCUCUGAGUCUGAUGAAGGAGAUGCCAGGGGAGAGAUGUUUGACAUCUAUGUGGCAACAGCUGACUACAACCCCAUUGUAGCGAGCAAAGAUUCCAUCUCUCUAAAGGAGGGACAGUAUGUUGAGGUUUUGGACUCGGCUCAUCCACUCAAGUGGUUAGUUCGGACCAAACCCACCAAAACGACACCAUCCCGCCAAGGCUGGGUCUCACCUGCCUACCUGGACAAAAAACUCAAACUCUCUGCUGAUACGGGCGACCUUCCAGAAACAAGUGUAGAAGAGGUGUCUGAAGGAGAAUACAAGAGAAAAUUAUUCCAGUUGAUCCAGGAACUGAUAAAUGGAGAAUCAGAGUUUGUCAAGGAGGUGGAAUUCUUCACCUCCCAUCACCUGAAGCAUGCAGACAGUUCUGAUGCACCGCCUGAUGUCACCAGCCAGAAAGAGGCUAUUUUCAGGAACAUUGAUGAUAUCAAGUCCUUCCACAGCAAGGGAUUCCUUCCAAAGUUGAAUGACUGUGACACCGAUGACGACAUAGCCAUGUGUUUCCUGAAGAACAAGGAGGGCUUUGAGAAGUACCUUCAGUAUUUUGUAGGUCAGAGUCAGGCUGAAUCUGCCAUCAGUGACAAGACUGUCCACAGCUUCUUUAAGGAGUACACUGAAACGGCACAGGCUAAUGCAGACCCUGCAGAUCCACCAGUAAGAAGCAUCAGUGGCUACCUCCAACAACCACUGGAGAGGAUUCAGAAGUACAAGGUUUUUCUCAAGGAGCUCAUUCGAAACAAGGCAAGAAAUGGUCAGAACUGCUGCCUGCUGGAAGAGGCUUUUGCAAUGGUGUCUGCACUCCCUCAGCGUUCUGAGAAUACCCACCAUGUCUCCAUGAUUGAGAACUAUCCUGCCACCCUAGAAGUUCUUGGAGAACCAAUCAGACAGGGGCCUUUCCAAGUGUGGGAGGGUGCUCCUGGAAUUCGAACUUCCUCUAGAGGUCACCACCGCCACGUCUUCCUCUUUAAGAACUACUGCAUAAUCUGCAAACCCAAGAGAGACAGCAACACUGAUACACAAGCAUAUAUUUUUAAAAACAUGAUGAAGUUGAAUAACAUUGAUGUGAAUGAAACAGUGGAGGGUGAUGACCGUGCCUUUGAGAUCUGGCAUGAGCGUGAGGACUCUGUGAGGAAGUACACCUUACAGGCCCGAACUGUCACCAUCAAGAACUCGUGGCUGAGAGACCUCAGAGAACUGCAGCAGAGAUACAGCAUGCCUGCAUGGAGUCCGCCUGAUUUUGAUGAAAUACUGGCAAACUGCACAGCAGAGCUGGGCCAGACAGUUAAACUGGCCUGCAAAGUUACUGGAGUACCCAAACCUGUGGUCACCUGGUACAAGGAUGGACGCGCAGUGGAGGCAGAUCCUCAUCACAUCAUCAUCGAAGACCCCGAUGGUUCCUGCACACUAAUCCUGGACAAUAUGACUGCAGAUGAUUCUGGUCAGUACAUGUGCUUUGCUACAAGCCCAGCUGGAAAUGCCAGUACUCUUGGAAAGAUCACUGUUCAGGUACCUCCUCGUUUUGUAAAUAAAAUAAGGAAUGCCAUCUUUGUUGCCGGUGAGGAUGCUCAGUUCACCUGUGUAAUACAAAGUGCCCCCAGACCCAAAGUCAGGUGGUUCAAGGAUGGCAGGCUGCUGACUGACCAGGAGAAGUAUCAGACCUACAGUGAGCUCCGCAGUGGAGUUCUGGUUCUGGUUAUAAAAAACCUGACAGAAAGAGACCUUGGGCACUAUGAGUGUGAGUUGUCGAACCGUCUGGGCAGUACCAAGUGUGCUGCUGACUUAGUCCUCCCCUCUGCUGUGGCUCGCGCUGGUGAGCAGGCCAUUACCAUUGAAGUUACCGAGCAGGAGACGAAAAUACCAAAGAAAACCAUCAUCAUUGAGGAGACAAUAACCACUGUGGUGAAGAAUCCUCGUAUGAGAAGGCACAGAUCCCCCGGCUUGACUCUGGCUGGUGCCCACCGCUCUGAGACUUCCACCCCCGAGCCUCCUACAGCCAGAACACGGAGGAUGCCUACUCCAAGAAAGACCACUAUCCCAACUCUCUAUGUUACUGAGCCCCAGGGAGCUGAAGCCAGGGGACCAGAGAGCAAGCCCAGGUGGGUUGAAGUAGAAGAGGUCAUCGAGUAUAAGGUCAAUAAGUCUCCCAGGCUGCCCAGGAGGAGAGGUAUUUCACCAGCAGGGUCUGAUCGUGCAGGCACUCCCUCAAGACCAAAAAGGUCUUCAGUGGAAAACCCAAAUGCUAACAAUUCCAACAACAAGCUUGUGGAACAAGCACAGGCCCAGCUGCAGGGAGACAUCAGCAGCCAGCCGCUCUCCUGGGAGGAAGAUGUGACUGACGCUGCAUCUGGGGAGCCACAUGAGCUCUCAUCUGUCCUUGCUGCAGCUGGAGAAAACACCAGCGAUCUGGAUGAUCAACAAACUAUCAUUUUUGAACCCGAUGAUGAAGAUGAUAAAUCUGCCAGAAAUCAAGAGCCUGUGUUCCUGAAACAAGGAGAUCGUGUUUUGACCCUUGAGGACUUGGAGGAUUACAUCCCAGAAGGAGGCGAGACUUAUGGCUCCUCCCACACUCACCAUGUUCCUGAUGACAAGCCCUGCGAGAUCUCUGUGCUCCAGAGGGAGAUUGGUGGGUCUACAGUGGGACAGCCAGUGCUUCUAAAUGUGGGGCGGCCUGAUGUAGUGCCGCGGCAAAGGACUGGCUUCUUUAGUCGGUUCAGGGAAAAUCUCUCCAGCAGCCUUUUCUCAUCUGCUGUCCCACCACAAGCCAGGGAAGCCCAGUCCAGGGCGGAGAGACUCGUGCCUAUCCAAGUGAGCCAUGCAAAGCUGGAAGUGAAGCCUUCAUACUGCUCAGAGGUGCAGAGAGUCGAGGGCAAGCAGCAGAGUUUUAAAACCAAAGUGUCAACUCAGACCUAUGGUUACACAUCAGUUGGUAAUCCUGUCACUCUUCAAAUUAGAGAUAAUCUUUAUCAGAACCAGUGAAAUCAAACAAAUUUAAUUUGGUGUCACAAACCCUCUUAGUCUUAAAUGGGGACAUUUAAUUUACAAGAUAAGAAAAACAAAUCCUAACCUGAGGUACAUUUAUUGCAUUUGACAGACCAUUCCAUUUUUAGGCUGCCAAUCACAUAGGAUCAUCCUUAGAGUUGUUUUCUUGACAAAUCAUUUGACUCGAAUGUCUCUUACAUACGAGUUGGACAAUGUAGGAAUAAAUAUAUCACUGUUGGCAGAUUUCAGUCUCCUACUGUUCUGCUAUAUGACAUCAACAUUUUGUGUUAUGUACAAAAUAUAUGAUGGACAGUAGCUAAGUAAGGUCUGACAUUUUAGUGAUUAAAUAUUUCAUCAUAAUUGUGAGGUGAAGUCUUUAAAGAAAAUAAAUGUUGAACAUUUUCAGUUAUACAUACAGUGCUUAACAAAUGUAUUAGACCACCACCCAAUGUAAGGUUUAUGCCUAAAUUAAUAGUACUGGUAAUUAUCAAAAAUCAUUUUUAUGUUUCUGUAGUGAUUAAUCCGCCAGUAUGUGCAAGCUCUUUAAUCAAAAUAUAAUUAUUGUUGCUAUACAUGAAUUUUCAAAUGUA